AUGUCGGCGCUUCAUGCUACCAAAGUUGGCGACAAGGCUCCAGAUUUCUCACUAAAGGACCAGAGUGGGAAGACUGUGAAGCUGUCGAGCUACCAAGGCAUCUUCGGCAAGCCAGUGGUCCUGUACUUCUAUCCUGCGGACGCUUCUCCCGGCUGCACAAAGCAGGCCAAAGCGUUCACAGAUGCGAUUGGGGAGUUCAAGAAGGCAGGAGCGACAGUGGUUGGUGUCAGCGGUGACGAUGUGGAGUCUCACCAGAAAUUCAAGAGCGAGCUUGGAAUUCCAUUCCAGCUGUUGGCAGAUGAGGGCAAUGAGGUCCGCAAGACAUAUGGAGUCAAGAAAGACUUGCUGGGCCUCCUGGAGGGCAGGCAGACAUAUGUCAUUGGCAAGGAUGGCAUUGUCAAGCUGGUCUUCAACAACCAGUGGGAGCCUGAGAAGCAUGUGGAUGAGGCCCUCAAAGCCCUGGCCUGA